GCCACUGUUGAGUCUGUGGGAGUAUGAAUCAGCAGCAGCAGAGAAUGGCUGCAGUUGGGACAGACAAAGAGCUCAGUGACCUGCUGGACUUCAGUAUGAUGUUUCCCCUGCCAGUGGCUAAUGGAAAAAACAGACCCACGACCCUAGCAAGCACUCAGUUUGGAGGAUCAGGUUUGGAUGAAAGACCGGGAUCAGGUUCCUGGGGAACGGGAGAUCAAAACAGCUCCACGUUUGACCAAGGAAGGCAGAGCUAUGGUGAAGGCCCCCACUAUGGUGAGCACCGGGACCUGCCGUCGCACAACAGCUUGUCUUCAUCUCCAUUCCUGGGACCUGGACUAGUGGGGAAGAGCGGUGAAAGAGCCUCGUACUCCACUUUUGGAAGAGACGCCGCCGGGAUGCCAGGACUGAGCCAGACUGGUUUCCUGCCCAGCGAAAUGGGAAUCGCCAGUCCGAGCACGCUUUCCCCCACUGGAGUGAAGGGGGGGUCUCAGUAUUUUUCUUACCCCAACAAUCCUCGCAGGAGAGGUGCUGAGAGCAGCAUAGCAGAUGGACAGCCCAAAAAGGUUCGGAAGGUGCCUCCUGGACUCCCCUCCUCGGUGUAUCCAUCCAACUCAGGUGAUGACUACAGCAGGGAUCCGGCUGGAUACACUCCCUCAAAACCUCCCAGCACUGUAUACCCCGGAGCCUUUUAUAUGGCAGACGGGCUUCACAACUCGCCAGACCUGUGGAGCUCCCCUGGUGCCAUGAGCCAGUCCAGCUACGGGGCCAUGCUGGGCAGUUCCUCCUCCCCUCUCCCGCAGUCCGCCAGCUUCAACAGUUUACAUCAGCACGAACGCAUGAACUACCAGCUGCAUUCAGGAGAGGUGAAUGGCGGGCUGCCCUCCGUGUCAGGCUUCUCCUCUGCCUCCACCCCAUAUGGCGUCUCCAGCCACACGCCGCCGAUCAGUGGGACCGACACCAUGAUGGGUAACAGAGGAACCACGGCUGGGAGCUCGGGAGAUGCUCUUGGGAAGGCACUAGCUUCAAUUUAUUCCCCAGAUCACUCUAGCAAUAACUUCUCAUCAAACCCCUCCACACCGGUCGGCUCCCCGCAGGGCCUUGCAGGCACAUCCCAGUGGUCUCGAGCGGGCGGACAGGGUGCCUUAUCUCCCAGCUACGAAGGGAGCCUCCACACUUUACAAAACAAAAUGGAAGACAGGUUGGACGAAGCCAUCCACGUGCUGAGGAAUCACGCCGUGGGCCAGACGGCCGCCAUGCCAAGCAACCACGGGGACAUGCAUGGGCUGCUGGGCUCUGCUCCCGCACACAGUGCUGCUGUGGGCAGCCUGGGCCAGGCCUUCCCUGCCUCUGUCAUGUCCCUGGGGGGUCGACACCCCAGCCUGGUGGGAGGAGGUCACCCUGAAGACGGGCUGUCCAGCACCCCCAGCAUGCUCCACAACCAUGUCACACUUCCAUCACAGCCCAGCUCACUCCCUGACCUCAACAGGCAGCAGGACACGUACAGUGGCUUGUCAGGGGGGCUGGGGCGAAGCAGCGUCUCCUCAGGAACCAACGAGAUAAAGAGGGAAGAGAAGGAGGAUGAGGAGAACACAUCAGUGGCAGAUAACUCUGAAGAGGAGAAGAAGGAGCUGAAACCCUCCCGGAAUAGAACAAGGUGCUCUUUGAACAGUCAAGAUGAGGAUGAGGAGGACGAUCUUCUUCCCCCAGAGCAAAAAGCCGAGAGAGAAAGAGAAAGGAGGGUCGCCAAUAAUGCCCGUGAGCGCCUGCGGGUCCGGGACAUCAACGAGGCCUUUAAAGAGCUCGGACGCAUGUGCCAACUCCACCUAAACAGCGAAAAACCACAGACCAAACUGCUAAUCCUCCACCAGGCCGUAUCAGUCAUACUGAACCUGGAGCAACAAGUUAGAGGUCAGUGAGGGUCCCGGAGUGGUGAUAUUUGACGUAUCUGAUCGGCACGGGGCUGUCUGUCUGUCUGUCUCUGUGACGUGUGCUGUGGUGCCUUGCGCUCUCUCUCCCCUUUGCCCU